AUGCUGUUGCUUCUGCUGCGGACGGCGGUCGCAUUUUCCGACAUCCACAACUCGGUCAUCGGUUUACCGCAAAUCACUUGCGAACGUGAUUACAUCAAGUUUGAGGUGCAGACGGAGAAGCCGUUUCGGGGCAAGGUAUUUGUCAAGGGCGAGUACACGAAUGUCCACUGCUCAAGAACCUACAAUCAGGGACGGGUGGUGCAGGAUGGGGGCAAUACGGGAGGCUCCAAAAACAACAACAACGCCUUCGACACCUCGGGACGAAUAUCUGCAGGCCGGAUAAUUGGACCGGAUGGACGUGAGAUUCCUCUGGACGGCGCGAAUCCACAGCGAGAGGCUGAGGAUCAUAAUAGUGGUGGGCCCAGGGGUGCCGGAUUUUUUGAGCCGACGACGACACCGCAUGGAGGAUUUGCCGGUGCUAGUGGACAGUUGGAGGAGCUGGAGGAGAUCAUACUUCGAAUUCUGGCGCUGGAUUUGGCGCCGGACAUGCUGAAGGAGGUCAAGCCGGACAAUCCGGAUCAGGAUUUGGAGGCGGACAUACCGGGGGAGGACAAUCUCGACAAUCCGGAGGCGGAUUUGGGUCCGGAAACUCUGGCGGAAGUGGUUCCAGCGGAAAUGCUGGAACAAAAUUCGGAAGCGAACAAGCUGGUGGAGGUCAAAACGGAAAUUUCGGAUCUGGAUUUGGCUCCGGAAACGUCGGAAAUAAUGCCGGAUCUGGCGGUCAAUUCAAUGGAGCUUCCGGAAGCGCUCACGGCGGCAGUUUUGGUUCCGGAAAUUCCGGAAAUUCGGGAUCAAAUGGAGGGAUCGUCCGGAAGCGGAACCGGUGCUUCUAACCCUAACGAAAUCGACGGUGCUGAUCACGAAUGGGUCCAAAGUACUCGAGCUCCACCCACAUCAGCCGCUCAAUUCUUGAAUCCCCUGGCUGGAGAUGCUCAGGGAAAGAUCUUCCCCUCGCAAUGCCCGACAACAUGCGCACCAUGUGCGGCUUGUGAGCAAGAAGAUGAACAUAGCUCGAGGGGGCGGAGACAGGCCCAAAACUCCGUGAGCCUCCAGGUGCCGCUUGGGGAGUGUCGAGCAAAGAGAGAUCGUGUGGUCACACCUCCCGGCGUAUACGUCUCGUUCGUGGCGGUCAUCUCCUUCCACGAGAGCUUCAUCACCAAGCUCGACCGUGCCUAUCAUAUCCGAUGCGCCUAUCAGGAAUCAAAUAAGACUGUCGAGACAAGCAUCGAUGUCAGUAACCCUCCAGCAGAAGACUUGCCAGGUCAAGUUCCACCCCCGCAAUGUCGAUACCGUUUGAAAACCCCUGACGGUGUGGAGAUCCGAAAUACGAAUGUCCAGGUCGGAGAUGUGGUUCGACACGAAUGGAGUUGCGACACGCCAUUAACAGAGAUGUUCGGGCUCCACGUCCAUUCGUGCUACGUCGAAGACGGAAAGGGCGAUCGCCAGUUGUUGAUCGAUGAGAAAGGAUGCUCGGUCGACACUGACGUCGACGCGUUCGUCUUCAAAUUCCCCGACCGGGAGACGCUCGACUUCCAGUGCAGCAUGUCACUGUGCACACAUACGGACAACAGCUGCGACGGGCUUACGCCCCCAGUCUGCGGCGGUACUUCUGUAAGCAGAGUCCGGCGCCAGACUACAAAUUCUACGCGUCGAACCCCGGAAUGGACGUUACACUCCCCAACGUUGACGGUGGUUGACAUUGACAACAAUAUGGACCGGACUUCGCCAUCCGCCUGGGCCCUACCCCCGCCCGUCGUGGCCCCAUCCGAGAUGUGCCUGUCCAUAGGCGCAUUCGGAGUGCUAAUCUCGGCUUCAACAUUCCUGGCCACAAUCUCCAUCGGCGCCAUCAUUGCCUUCAUCUUCUAUAGAAAACAAACCACCUAC